CUCUUUGGUAUUAAUCGGAGCCCGUUCGCUAUCUCUAACAAUCAAUGCCAUUUGUCGAUUUUUUUCACGAAUUAUAGCCACCAUGGCCUAUCCAGAUAGCGAGGGUUUACAAGUCGCCGUCGAAAGGGACGGUUUACUCGUCAAUACGGAUAGUCAAGGCUUAGAGCACUAUAUCAAGCCAGUCGAGUCCACAAAGCCACCAGUACCGUAUCCUAAGGAGUAUACCGUGGGUGAGGAGCGCAGUGCAGUACGAGAUGGAAGGAUAUGUGGGCUGGCGAAACGAACAUUCUGGAUUUUAGUUCUUGUGGCCAUCGUGAUUGUGGCUGCUGCUGUUGGCGGAGGCGUUGGGGGCUCCAUAGCUGCGAAAAACGCCAAUAAGUCGAAGGAUACUCAAAGCCCUUCUUCCACUUCUCCCGCCACCCCAACCAGCAACAGUACUCCAACCAGCAGCAGUACGCCUACCAGCAGUAGCACGCCCACAUCAUCGAUCACUCCAGCAGAACCUUUCCCAACCACCGGCCUCUUACCUCUCGACUGCCCUGCGAUCAAUUCCACAAAAUACAGCACGGUCCCUUCAGGCUCAUCGAGUAACUAUACCUACCUAAUCAAUUGCGAUGUCAACUACACUGGUAACGACCUCGUCAAGACCAGGACCAGGACCAUCGAUCAGUGUAUGGAUGCGUGCGCAAAGCAAAGCGAUGCCAAUCCCCUGAACCCUUGCGGCGUCAUAGUGUGGAUUGGGAAUCUCACAUUGGCAAUUGGGAAUACGGAUGGAAACUGCUUUUUAAGGAAGGAUGUUCCUGCUCCGAAUGCGGCGCAGCCGUCGGAUAGAUUUGCGGGUGCGGUAUGGGUUAAGGGGUAGAGAUGAAGGGAGUUGACCGAUAAUAAAGGUUCUGUACAACAGCGGCAACAAUGUUGAUAGAUUGGGAAGGGCAAAUGUCGUGACCAAAAUCAUUGCGGAUUGCGAGCAAUAUCACCUACGAUCUGCUUCUACUUCGCGGAAUAGAAUCGUACAGUGCGAGCGGUCUAUUCGUGCUCAGCAGGAUAACCUCCGACCCAAUUUGAUCGACGAAGUCCAACGUUAGAGAAUAGCGGAAAUUGCUCCAGACGGGCUGCUAGCGCGUUCUCAUCGCGCAAUCGCUGAGCACUAGCCAAGUUCAGCCUAGCUGACUGUCUUGCAUCUUUUGUAACAGACUAAGACAACAGAAUGAUAGGGGCAAGACAGCUUUGAGGGGGUUCUGAGGCAGGUUAGAGUCAGAGAAUUUGUUAGAUUUUGUUAUUUUUGUAAAAUUAGUAAAGGGCGGUGUUACCUUAGUAUAUGGCGUUCAGCGCUCUGCUACAUAAAUUGAGGCCUUUCAAAUAAGGCAGGCCUCAACUCUAAUCCAAAAAGAUAUUAUCACA